UCUGUGGAGCGGCGGGGUAGCACGGCUUGUCUGCGUUAACAUCAUAUCCGUACGUGCUUCCUUCCUCGUAGCUUACGCCGUGACCUCACCCUAGCAGCCAUGUCCAUCGUGUCUUCAGAAGACGGCCUCACGGAGACGUUGCCGGAGAUUACGGCGGCCGUCAGUUUUCUAUCCAGCCUCCUGCGCAGCCGGCUCAAUGAACAGCAACUACAAGGCUUCAGCGGAGCGUUGCAGGACACGCUGAUCGAUCACUAUAGGCACCAUUGGUUUCCAGACAAGCCUGCUAAGGGUUCUGGCUACCGCUGCAUCCGGAUCAACCAUAAAAUGGACCCAAUCAUCAGCAAAGUUGCAGCUCGUAUAAAGAUGAGUUAUCUACUCUGUCUCUUGCCCAAAGAGCUCACGCUCUGGGUGGAUCCUUAUGAAGUUUCCUACAGGAUAGGCGAGGAUGGUUCCAUCUGUGUCCUAUACGAGGCAUCUGCUCCUGUACCCCGAGGACUCUUAAACUGUAAGAGUGAGCUCCUAGGCCGCUCCAGUGCACCAAACCAGUACCUGAUGACGGUGGGCAGCUAACCUGAUCCAUGGAUCUCCACCUCUGCUGCUUUUAAAUGUGUAAAUACCUCGCUCUGGGAGCGAUGUUUUUUUUUUUUUUUUUUUAAUGAAGAUCUAUUUAUAUUUUUAAAUGAUUUUUAUUUGGAGAAAAUGAUGUGGUCAUAUCUAGUAUUUUUUAAUUAUCUUAUACACUAAUGCACUAGUACAACAUGUACAGCCCAUUGCAUACAUAUCCACUAUAAUGCACACUGCAACAUAUGGGGACUAUAUACUAUGUACACUUAUGGGAUUUUUAUUUUUAUUGGUUCAGUUUGGCUACUUUGCACUUUAUUCUCUGCUUUAAAAGUGCUUUAACUGAUCCAGGUGCUUGCUGCUUGAAGCCCCAGCUUAUGGCUGACUCCACAGAACGGGUUUUCACUCUGCAUGCUCCAUCAUGCAUUUAAUCCUGAGAGCCGGGCUUUAUUAUGUAGGGUAUGUUAUGUCUAAGUAGUCCCUUCCCCCUACAGCAUGGAUGAAGGUGGACUUUGUGUGAUGCAAGUCACUGCCCCCUAAGCUUAUGGUCUUCUGCCCAUUAAUACAGGCAAUACUGUUGCAGGCCGAGCUACUGGUAGGCAAUAAAUGGCCCAUUAGAUUUUGUUCUUGUCCUUUGCUGGAAUAAUCUGAAUGUCUCUUGGGUUCCUAUUACAGCUUAGAAUAAUUGGGGAACAACUACUAAGUCAGGUUCCCAGAUGCAGUUUUGGAAGCAUAAAGAGAAGUGGUUUCUCUCCUUUUUUUAUGACCGUUCCUUAUUUUGGCUUCCAAAUCUACAUCUGGAAACCUAACCAUGUGGCUGCACCUUUAAUGGGUUAAGGACUUAUUCACACUUGCCUUGUAGUGCGAUUCAGAGCCCAAACAAUAUUACUAUAGGUCGCUUUAGCUGGAGGAACUGUUCUUAUGGCUGUGAUGGGCCUCAUUGCUAAAGUCUGCGGAAAGAGUGUAACAUAAAACUAUGGAGAAAACAGAAGUAAUGUGCAAACUAGUAUGAAUAGGUACUGAAUGCUCUUUAAUGGUGAUUCCAGAUACCCACUUGUCAGGACUCUGCAAGACAACUGUCCGAAUGUGCGGUGCAUAUUCAGUAGCAGCUGCAAACAACUUGGUGCCUUUCUCAUGCUGCACAAAGUGUCUUAGAGGGCCAAACUGUGGCCCUUAAAUAUUUGCACAAUACCUAUGUGUGGUCUGUGUGUAAAGGACCUAUUAAACGGCAUGCUUAUCAAGAACAAGCUUUCAUUGGCCCAAAUCGAACGAGUGAAAGCUUGUUCAAUGGCUGAUGGGCAUCGCAAUGAGAUGCCCAAUUAUCAGGAGCACAUGUCCCUGUGUAAUCGGGAUGUGCUGCCGAUAAUGAAUAGAACAGAAUGAGGGUAAGCGUUCCUUCCUCCUGCAUUCAAUUUGUAUUGGCCGGUGUAAUCAGGCCAUUGCAAAUGAGCACUGAUUCAUGUGCUUGCACUGCCUGAAGAUUCGGCAGUGUAAUACCACCAACAGUGUCACAUUGUACUGCCAAGCUUUGUAAACUGCCUGUGUUUCAUCUGCGUCUAGUUGUGCUGCUUAGCAGUCACUGAAUAUUUUGUUACUGGGUACUGUACGGUUGUUACUUUUGUAAUAAAAGAGAAAUUGAAUCAG